AUGGGAUACAGAAGCAGCGGUGGAUACAGCAGUGGAGGUGGUCGAGGUGGCGGCGGCAGCUAUGGUGGAGGUCGCAGUGGUGGCGGCGGAGGCUACGGUGGUGGAAGCUCAUACGGAGGGUCAUCGUACGGAAGUGGUGGUGGUGGCGGCGGCUACGGGGGUCGUGGAGGUGGACGAUCGGGUGGAGGUGGAAGAUUUGGCGGCGGUUCUUCAGGUUCAAGUGGAGCCCCCGGAUCCCGUCUUAGAAAUGUUGACUGGAGCCGUGAGGAUCUUCCAGGCAUCGUCAAGGACUUCUAUCAAGAGAACCCGGUUGUUUCGGCACGAUCAGCCGCCGAAGUGUCACAGUGGUUAGCCGAAAACCAAGUUACCCUUUCUGGCCACAAUAUUCCUCGACCAGUCUUCGAGUUCAACGAAACCAGCUAUCCAGCAGAAGUUGAAAAAUGUCUUUACAAAAAUUAUCAGAAGCCAACCGUCAUUCAGUCUAUCUCUUGGCCAGUUGCUAUGUCUGGCCUCGACAUGAUCUCUAUUGCUAGAACUGGAUCUGGUAAAACUCUCGGAGUAAGUUUUUUAUUUUAUUGUUGUUCUUUAGGUUUUCUUUAGCGAAGGAAUUUAGAAACUAUUGUUUCUUAAAAACUUUUAGUAUUCUUUUUAAUCUUAUAUUUUCAGUUCUUGCUACCUGGUAUCAUCCAUACAUUGAAACAAGGUCCAAGACCAUCAGGUGGAGGUCCGUCAGUCCUCGUUCUUUUGCCAACCAGGGAAUUAGCUCAACAAGUCGAAGAAGUAGCCAAGGAAUAUUGUAACGCCAUGCGUCUUUCCUACACUUGUUUGUUUGGUGGAGCUCCAAAGCACGCUCAAGCUUCGGACCUCAGAAGAGGAGUUGAUGUUUGCAUUGCCACUCCUGGUCGUCUUUUGGACUUCUUGGAGAACGGAACCACGAACAUGGGCAGAUGCACCUUCCUUGUGUUGGAUGAAGCCGAUCGUAUGUUGGACAUGGGUUUCGAACCUCAAAUCAGAAAGAUUGUUGGACAAAUCAGGCCGGAUCGACAGACUCUUAUGUUCUCAGCUACUUGGCCGAAGGAGGUGAGAGAUUUGGCCAAGGACUUCCAGAACGAUCCAGUAUUCUUGAAUGUUGGUUCAAUGGAGUUGAGUGCUAAUCACAACAUUGAACAAGUUAUUGAGGUUGUGGAAGAGUUCAAAAAGCAGCAGAAGUUGUUCACUACGUUAACACACAUCAUGAAGCAGGUAUGUUAUUAUUUCUAUUUGAAGAAUUUUGAUAUUGUUCUUAAGUAUUUGAGUAUUAAAUUUCGAAAUUUUAGCCCGACUACAAGACGAUCAUCUUUGUUGAAACCAAGCGCAAAGCUGAUGAUUUGACUAGAGAAAUGCGUAGGGAUGGAUGGCCAGCACUGUGUAUUCACGGUGAUAAAGAACAGAGAGAAAGAGAUUGGGUGUUAUCAGGUACGAACUUAAAAUAAUUUUUUAAAAAUAUAAUUUAUUUGAUAGAAAUGUUAACAUACAAAGUUCUUAGAGUAUUAUAAUCUGAACUAAAAAAAUAUUUUCAGAAUUCAAAGCCGGAAAGACGCCGAUUUUACUCGCCACAGACGUUGCAGCCCGAGGGCUUGGUAAGAUUAUUGAAGGGUUACCUAUAUGAGGAACUUAUGGAUUUGUGGUUUUCGAGGCCGUUUUACUUAUUUUAGCGCUGAGCAUACGAAGUGAGAUGAUGGAUAUCUACUGUAACCUUUUGGUUAUGGCGGUAGAUGUUCACAAGUAACAACAUGUAGCCUCAUCAUGGCUCAUCUAAUUCAGAUGAGUCAUCACUCAAUCUGAUUGAGAGUAUUUUUUCCUUACAUUUGAGGUUUUCAUGUGUUUGCGAGUGUUAUAGCGGUCUCGAUACGCUUUUAUUCGAGAUUUGACAUGUUAUGGGUCUAAACUACCUGUCGCUGAAAAGCGGCGGGUUGAGUGCACAGAAUUGGACCAAAAAUGGAAGAGACCGGUCGCUAAUGAAUGAUUGCGGCAACUAUAACAGUCAGAGAACGGUGACUGUUGUGAAUUACCGCCAAAUCGUUUAGAGGCAGCUGUCGUUGUUUAUGGUAGGUCGGGUGAAUGGUGGUGAGGCUCAGUUUUGAGCCGGGAACCGCUCGCUCCUCGACCAGUCGAAUCCCCCCUUGGAUAACGGCCGACCUUUGCUCCUCAAUGGCAUUGGAUUGACGAGUUUCUGAGGAGUGGACUAUCUAGUUUGUGUAGUUGGCCCGACCCUGAAGCAUGUCUUCCCUUGAUCGAAAGCGUCCAAAAAAAUGCCACAGAUUCAGAACUAUUUGAUAUCUAUAGCAAUAGAUAUAACUGAGAUUAGGUUAGGGGAAUACGUUUGUAAUGAGUUACGUUUAGAUGUGAGUGACAUUAAAUUUGUUAUCAAUUAUGAUUACCCAAAUAACUCUGAAGACUAUGUGCACAGAAUCGGACGUACUGGCAGACGUGAUCAGAAGGUAAGCACGUGUUUAUUAUUGAUGUUCAUUUUACAUUUCUUUUUUUUUUGUUGUAAUGCCGCUUAUUUUUGACAAGCUAUAUGCAAUAUAUUGUGCUUUCAGGGUACGGCCUACACAUUCUUCACUCCUCAGAACUCGGCCAAAGCCAAGGACUUAGUCAAGGUUUUAGACGAGGCCAAGCAGAACGUUCCAGACGAGCUUCGCCGUAUGGCUGAGUCUAACUUUGGCGGAGGUCGCGGCCGUGGUCGGGGUGCUGGUCGUGGUCCACCAUCGGGCGGUUACGGUAACAAACGCGGUUUCGAAAACGGCUACGGUAGCGGUCCAGCCAAGCGAGGACGGUUUAACGAUGGUGGUUAUUCGGGAGGCGGACGCUGGUGA